AGCACCACGACUGCUGACUAUUCCAGGUAUUAUUCACAACAGUAAAACAUGGCUCAAUCUAAGCAGAAAACAGAUCGGGAAAUGUUACUGGACGCAUUGCAAUCAACCAAAAAGACAUCAGCUGAGGAUUUGCUGUUUAAUUAUAAAGGGAUUCUAUACCCCAGCACCAUCUGCAGUAAGGAGAUGUUUGGGGCACUGGAAACAUUUGAAGCCAGAGAUGACGAUUUAUUGAUUGUCACCUACCCCAAAUGUGGAACUAACUGGGCUGUCCAAAUAUUACAUGAAGUUGUGAGCGUGAUUAAAAAUCAAGAAGUAGUCCUAGACCAACCAAUGAUUGAAUUUGGAAAUCCACAGACGAUAGAGAGACUUAAAGAACAAUCUUCACCAAGGAUCAUGACGUCACAUUUGGGGUUUCAUGUGAUACCAAAGUCUUUCAUUGAAAAGAAAACUAAAAUAUUGAUGAUUAUUCGCAACCCAAAAGAUACAGCCAUCUCCUUUUUCAACUUUUAUAAAAGCAUGCCUGUACUUCCCACUUAUGAAUCUUGGAACUUAUUUUUUAAGGAUUUCAUCCAUGGGAAUGUGUGUUUUGGAUCAUAUUUUGAUUAUAUAGUUGAAUGGAACAAACACGUUGAUGACAAAAAAGUGAUGGCAGUUACAUUUGAAGAUAUGAAAAUUGAUUUUCCAACACAACUGAAAAAAAUAUCAGAAUUUUUUGAACUUCCUUUGACAGAGGAGCAAAUCUGCACAGUACAAAGUCGAACUUCUUUUAAGUCUAUGAAAGAGAAAUCUGAAGACACACAUGGGAAGCUUGGUGAUGCUUUCUUCAGAAAAGGACAAAUUGGAGACUGGAAGAACCUCUUCACUGAAGAACAGAGUAAAGAAGUGGAUACAAAAUUCCAACAAUAUCUUGCAGGGACAAAGUUGGGAGAAUUGCUGAACUAUGCAAAAUACUGCAAAAUGUAGAUAUUCCAGAAAAUUAAUAAAGUGUAAAGCUGAACUAUGGGAAUUAAUGAAAAAAA